ACGACGCCCCCAGCCUCCUCUGGGCGGUGGGGGGCGCCCACCCACAGAGCGCCCUUAUGUUCCCUGCGCAGGAUGCUCUGGCCCGCGGCGGGCUGAGCCUGAAGGAGGAGCCGCUGCUGCCCGCCAGCCUGGGCUCGGUGCGCUCCUGGAUGCAGGGAGCGGGCAUCUUGGACGCCAGCACCGCGGCGCAGAGUGGCGUGGGCCUGGCGCGAGCACAUUUUGAGAAGCAGCCUCCCUCCAACCUCAGGAAAUCCAACUUCUUCCACUUCGUGCUGGCCAUGUAUGACCGGCAGGGGCAGCCCGUGGAGGUGGAGCGCACAGCCUUCAUCGACUUUGUGGAGAAGGAGCGAGAGCCUGGGACUGAAAAGACCAACAAUGGGAUCCACUACCGCCUGCGGCUGGUGUACAACAACGGACUGCGAACAGAGCAAGACCUCUACGUGCGACUCAUUGACUCCAUGUCCAAGCAGGCCAUCAUCUAUGAGGGGCAAGACAAGAACCCCGAAAUGUGCCGCGUGCUGCUCACCCACGAGAUCAUGUGCAGCCGGUGCUGUGACCGGAAGAGCUGUGGUAACCGGAAUGAGACACCCUCAGACCCAGUCAUUAUUGACAGGUUCUUCCUCAAGUUCUUCCUCAAGUGCAACCAGAACUGUCUGAAGAAUGCAGGAAACCCCCGAGACAUGCGCCGCUUCCAGGUGGUGGUGUCCACAACAGUGAGUGUGGAUGGACACGUCCUGGCUGUGUCAGACAACAUGUUCGUGCACAACAACUCCAAGCACGGCCGCAGGGCCCGCCGCCUGGACCCUUCUGAAGCUGCCACCCCUUGCAUCAAGGCCAUCAGCCCCGGGGAAGGCUGGACCACGGGCGGCGCCACGGUCAUUGUCAUAGGCGACAACUUCUUUGAUGGGUUGCAGGUCGUAUUCGGAAAUGUGCUUGUUUGGAGUGAGCUCAUCACGCCCCAUGCCAUCCGGGUACAGACGCCCCCGCGGCACAUCCCCGGGGUGGUGGAGGUGACCCUCUCCUACAAGUCCAAGCAGUUUUGCAAGGGAGCCCCGGGUCGCUUCGUCUACACAGCCCUAAACGAGCCUACCAUCGACUACGGCUUCCAGAGGUUGCAGAAGGUCAUCCCUAGACACCCCGGGGACCCGGAGAGGUUGCCCAAGGAAGUGCUUCUGAAGCGGGCGGCAGACUUGGCAGAGGCGCUGUACGGAGUGCCGGGCAGUAACCAGGAGCUCCUGCUAAAGCGCGCAGCCGACGUGGCUGAAGCCCUGUACAGCACCCCGCGCGCGCCCGCGCCGCUCGGCUCCCUGGCCCCGAGCCACCCACACCCCGCCGUAGUGGGCAUCAACGCCUUCAGCAGCCCGCUGGCCAUCGCCGUGGGCGACGCCACGCCGGGAGCCGAGCCCGGCUACGCGCGCAGCUGCGGCAGUGCGUCCCCGCGGGGCUUUGCGCCUAGCCCCGGUUCGCAGCAGGGUGGCUACGGCGGCGCCCUCGGGGCUGGCCUGGGUUACAGCGCGCCGGGUGUGGCUGGCCUUGGAGUGCCCGGGUCCCCCAGCUUCCUCAACGGCUCCACGGCCACAUCACCCUUCGCCAUCAUGCCCUCUAGCCCCCCGCUGGCGGCUGCCUCCUCCAUGUCCCUCCCGGCCACCGCCCCCACCACCAGCGUCUUCUCCUUCUCGCCUGUCAACAUGAUCUCCGCCGUCAAACAGAGGAGCGCCUUCGCCCCCGUGCUGCGCCCACCCAGUUCCCCAGCCCAGGCCUGCCCCAGAGCCCACGGAGAGGUGCUUCCAGACCAGCCUUUUGAAGAUUCUGACAAGUUCCACUCUCCAGCCCGGGGGCUCCAGGGUCUGGCAUAUUCCUAACCACGGUAGGUCUCAGCAUGGCU